AGCAUGAGGUAUUUUUCCUUACUAAUGUGAGAUCAUUAUUUUGUCCGACAGCAAGUGAACCUAGCAAAGUUUAACAAGGCCGAGUGCCUGAAAGUCAUUUGUUUUCGCUGAAUCGGACUGACUGGAUUGGACGGCCGGGGUUUCCGCCCACAAACACACGAGGUGGAGUUGAAAAGAAAAAAAAAAACACAUCGGGCCAAAAUGAAGCUGUCAAACAAUUCAGUAAAACACAUUUGGAGCUGGUGGAAACCGCUUGCGCUCAGGAAUCAAGACUUCUUAGAAGAAAAAUAAACGCUGAUUACAAAUUUAAUUAAAAAACUUAUUUUUAUUUUAAAUUAUCGUAUUAAAUGAAAGAACAAGAGUUCCAACUUUGCUAUUCGUGACACCCGGAGUUUCCCCAGCUACAAAAAAAAAAAAAAAAAAAGCAUCCGCGGUGCAAAACUUCGGCUCGGGAGACGUAACAGGCUCGGCCUCGGGGAGCGAACAUAAUCGUGCUCGGUUGCCCGCCGCCGCAAAAAUAAACUGAACCAAAAAAAAAAAAUGGUGUCGAGUCGGCGUAGAGAAAUGGUUGGAUGGAGAGGGGAAGAGCUGCUGCUGCUGCGCGGUGAGUGGAGGGAGACUGCUGCGAGUGAGAUGGAGGCGUGGGGGAAGGACCGUCUCUGCGGGGACUGGAGCCCAGCAUCGACGGCGCAGUGCUGGCGAUAGUUCAACCCUCCCCUUCUUCCUCCACAGCGACGCUGAGGCUCACGAGACAGGUAGGGCACCACGAACCUCGGUCGGUUUUCCGUUUAAACUGCGAAGGAGCGCGCGACCAGGCCCGUAAAAUGCUCAAUAAAAAUAAAAAAUAUACAUAUAAACAGUUAGUUUAGGGGGUCUGGUUGUCGUUUAAACGCCCCUCGCUCGGUAGUCUCUUUGUAGCAGCGAAACGGACCGACCGUUGCGGAAGGGUACAGACGACGUCGGCCAUACCCGAAUCACUUAUCCCGAACAGCGGGGGAAGAACCGUGCUUGCAAGACCAUCCGUUUAUGUUGCCCCCCUCCCCGGAGAAAAAAAAAUGAAACCAGAGGACCGCUUUAGGCAAAGUGUUUGUAUCGAAACUCAGCAAUUUGUGAUGUAAUGGUUGUUCUUUUGCGUGGGGUUAAAAAAAAGAAAAAAAAAAGCGGCGGUUUCAGCGCCGAGACCUCCAUGCGGCUGCUGGCGGAACAGCUCGCCGCCUCUCUCGGCCAGCCAUCAGGGAUCUCGGUUUAAUAUCUCACCGUACAGUGACUCGCCCUCCCUCUCCCCCUCACUCUCUCACCGAAUGUAGCCCCAGAACCGCCAGCGACGACCGAGCUCGAAGAACCCGCCUUCUCCUGCUCGCUUAUGCGCUUUUCGGAUGUAAGGGAAGGGAGUCUGCAACGCCCCGGCUUUAGCUCUGAGCUCCGUUUUCAGUGUUUGCAGUGCGCCAUUGGACCUUGUCACGAUUCGAGACGCUAUAUUCACAAAUGAAUGGAGAAAUGGAGGUGGUGGCCCAGGACCAAGUUUGGGCGCAGGACGACCUCCUAAGACUUCUAGAUGGCAUGAAAGUGGCUCUGCCUCCGAAAGAUCUGACGAAAUACAAAACCUCCGAGUCCCACCUGGACUGGCAGAAGGUCGCCUUCAAUUCCUACACAGCAGAGAUGUGCAAGCAGAAAUGGCAGGAAGUCUCAAAAGAGAUCCGUAAAUUCAGAACCCUAACAGAGCUGAUAGUAGAUGCCCAGGACUACAUCAAGAACCCUUAUAAAGGCAAGAAGUUAAAGAAACACCCAGAUUUCCCCAAGAAGCCUUUGACUCCAUAUUUCCGUUUCUUCAUGGAAAAGAGGGCCAAAUAUGCGAAGUUGCACCCUGAAAUGAGCAACUUGGAUCUCACAAAGAUCCUCUCCAAGAAGUACAGAGAGCUCCCUGACAAAAAGAAGAAAAAGUAUGUGGAGGACUUCUUGCGUGAUAAGGAGACGUUUGUGCAAAGCAUGAUGAAGUUCAGGGAAGAGCAUCCAGACCUCAUGGAGAGCAUGACCAAGAAAGGUUCGAACGUGCCGGAAAAGCCCAAGACGCCCCAGCAGCUGUGGUACAACCAUGAAAAGAAAGCCUUCCUAAAGACUCACCCUGACGCGACCACCAAAGACAUCAAGGACAGCCUCGGCAAGCAGUGGACGCAGCUGUCUGACAAAAAGAGGCUCAAAUGGAUCAGCAAGUCCUUGGAGCAGCAGAAACUAUACGAGGAAGCGAUGCGGGAGUACAUCCAACAGCACCCAGAGCUCAACAUGACCCAGGGGAACUUCGCUAAGUCCACCCUCACCAAGGCAGAGCGGCACCUCAAAGACAAGUCGGACGGGCGGCCCGACAAACCCCCGCCAAACGGUUACUCGAUGUUCUGCGCCGAGCUGAUGUCGAGCAUGAAGGACGUUCCGAGCACAGAGCGCAUGGUGAUGUGCAGCCAGCGGUGGAAGCUCCUGAAGCAGAACGAGAAGGAUGCCUACCAGAAACGCUGCGAACAGAGGAAGAAGGAGUACGAAGUCGAGAUGAACAGAUUUCUCAGUACUCUGCCAGAAAAGGAGCAGCAGCGAGUUCUGGGGGAGGACAAGAUCGGCAUCAAGAAGAACAACGCCGCCAGCAGCCCGGCCUCUAAAAAGAAAAUUGCUAAAGCAAAGGUGAGUACGGAGAAGCCCAAACGGCCCAUCUCUGCCAUGUUCAUAUUCGCUGAGGAGAAACGGACCAAGCUGCAGCAGGAGCGACCGGACCUCCCUGACAGCGAGCUCACCAGACUCCUGGCUCGCAUGUGGAACGAGCUGCCCGACAAGAAGAAGGAAAAGUAUAAACGCGUGGAGGCCCUUCUGAAAGCAGAGUCUGUGAAGAAGGAGAGGGAGGAAAGGGGUCAUCUGCCGGAUCCGCCCAAAACGGCUCAAGAUAUCUGGCAGCAGAGCGUUAUCGGGGACUAUCUGGCCAGAUUUAAGAACGAUCGACCAAAAGCACAUAAAGCGAUGGAGACGGCGUGGAGCACCAUGGAGAAAAAGGAGAAAAUAAUGUGGAUCAAAAAAGCUGCAGAAGACCAGAAAAGAUAUGAAAGAGAUCUGUGUGAGAUGCGGUCUCCUGCUAAUGUAGUAGCGCCCGUGAAGAAGAUGAAGUUCGAAGGGGAACCCAAGAAGCCGCCAUCGAACGGAUACCAGAAGUUCUCCCAGGAGAUGCUGUCCAACGGGGAGCUGAACCACCUCCCCAUGAAGGAGCGGAUGGCUGAGAUCGGCAGCCGGUGGCAGAGGCUGCCGCUGAAGGACAAGGAGCGCUACAAGAAGAUCGCCGAGGAGAAGCAGAGGCAGUACAAAGUCCUCCUGGAGCAGUGGCUCGCUAGCUUGUCUUCACAAGAACGGAAUACUUACAGAGAGUACAAUUCACAAAAAAGGAGAAAUCCAGCAAAACCAGCAGCCGCCAAGGCAAAGUUUAAGAAAUCUGACACGGAAGAAGAUGACGACGACGAUGAUGACGAUGAUGACGAUGAUGACGACGACGAGCAGAAGGCUUCCUCUGAAGCAGACUCAUCCAGCGAGGACGAAGACGACGACGACGAUGAUAACGACGAAGAUGAUGACGAUGACGACGACGACGAUGACGAGGUGGACGACAAAGAAAACAAAUCGGACGACGACAGCAGCAGCGAGUCCAACUCGGCCGACUCGUCGGACUCGGACUCGGACUGAACGGAGCGGAGAUGAACUAAGCAGCGCUGAGCUGAGCCAAGAGUCCAGGGAGCUCUGCCACUGUGCCAACCCUGCUGCCCUCCCACUGGAGGGAGCCCCCACCCCCCCCCCCCACCUCCAUCGCUUCUCCAUCCCACAACCAAUUUACGUUGCUGCUGUGGUUUAAAAACAAAAAAACAAGAAAAGUUCUCAAGAAGGAACCCUGGCCCUGAAAUCAGUCCAAUUCCCUCCCGGGUGUGACGAUCACCUCACAGCUGACGUUGUACCAAAAACAGCAUCCCACUGGGUUGGCGAUGCCAUAAACAUUUCUUCUCUGAGUUUGGUUAUUUUUUUUAGGCUCUAUAGUGAAAUGUAUCAGGUAAUCAGUUUCCCUCCAGUGAUAUAUAUUUUUUUUUUUUUAAUCUGAGGAGGAAGUUGUAAACGGGCUUCAGAGCCAAAGAACACAGUUUGGUGGAUCACUUCAGGACGAGGGGGGCAGAGCGCAUGUGCAGGGCACUGAUAAAUUGCACUCUUUAGAAUGUUUCCUUUAACUUUUUUUUUUGUUGUUGUUUUUUUUUUCAUUUUCACGGGGCGUUGUUGUCCUGUCCUGUAUUUUCAACUGAUGUAGAUUUUAUGAUUUGGUUCUUAGAAAAAGUGGUAUUUUUUCAGGAGUAAAGGAGAAAAAAAAAAAGCAAAGUCAAGCCAUUAAUGAAUGUGUUUUUGCCGCUGGAAGUCGUUUUUACGUGUUCUCGUGUUUCCCCCCUUCCCCCCUCCCCCUGUUGUCCCUAAACAUUCCCCCGCGCUCCACUCAACGCGUCUCCGUCAUUUCACAGUGGGUCAGAGCGGACGUCCGGUUGGGCCGCAGCUUAUUCACACCCCCUGCAAGAUUUAGAGCUGUUUCCAUCAAGCUACCCAGUUUGGUGCUGAUGUUUGGACUAGAAGAAAAAUUAGAUUUUAUUUACAUUUUAACGCAAAAAAAAAAGCUUGUUAAAUUAUUAUGUUUUUUUUUUUUUUUUUUUUUUUACAUUCAGUGGAAAAAAAAAAACUCCUUAUUGGCAUUACAGCAAUCACCUCCUUCUGAUACCAGCUGACCAGCUCUGUGCAUGUUUGGUCAAAUCAAAAGACGACUUGACCAGCUUUUCUGUUCUUUGGAGGAAAAAAAUGAUUAGUGUCAUUUUGAGUAAACCCACUGGGCUCCAAAUAUUGGAAUUUUACUACUGUUACAAUCGUACCUAACCAUAUGAUAUACACCAAAAAGGUUAAACAUCUGAAAUUCUGUGUUCACUCGGGACCUGAAAGGUUAAAGUUUCUUUAUUUUCACUCUCACUGUAAUCUGCAGGCCUUUCUUACACAGUUUGUACCCGUUUCGGUGUCGGAAUCGAAUAAUUUUGCGCGUGCGUAGACAUUCGGGUAGGUCCGUCAGCCGCCCCGCGCGUCUCAUAGGAUCCGUUUCAGUCUUAAAGCAGUUCUGGUUGAAGCUCAACGGCGUUUCAGCAGUUUGUCUGGACCUCAAAGGGAGAAAUGGUGUUAAACUCUGCAGCCAUUUUGAAGUUGUCCACGUUUAAUUUUUAGCUUUUUUUUUUAAAGCAAAAUACAUACGUGUUUUUUUUUUUUUUUUUGUAUUUUGUUUAAAGACUUACAGCAUUUGUGGUCUGCUGAGGACCCGAAUGGAUUCAACUUUUUCAUAUUUUUCCAUUUUCUCUGUUGUUUUUGUUUUUAGUGGCUGCAAUGGUUUUGUUUUUUGUCUUAUGCCCCCCCCUCCCCCUCCCAAAAAGUGUGCACUUAAUGUAAAUCUGUCCUUCUGAGUUUGUGAGCACGCACGCAUUACUGUGUACAUAGGACGAUGCGUGCGUGCGUUUCUCUUUUGCUUUAAUGUUCGCCGUUCUCUCACAAAGCGAGAUGUGACUACAGCGCGCAUAUCCGUGCCUGUCUGGGGGCAUCGCACCAACACCAUGAAUGUACAUAUUCAGUUUUUGGUUCCCAGCCUCCCCCCCCCUGUUUGUCAUUAUUCGCCUAAUUAUGGAUUAAUGACAAACCUUCCAGCAUUUUUAUUCUGAUUACUCUGUUGUUGAUCAGUACGUGAUGGAGUGUGUUUCCACUGACUCUCAGACUGAAACCAGAACCAGUUUGGGCUAUUUAAAUACCUUGGGGGAGGGGAAAAGAGUGACUGACAGAAAAAGGGAGUCGCUGGGAGGAGAUGAGUUACCUGAAGACUUAGGGUAAAAAAAAAAAAAAAUGUAAUUUUCCUGUAAAUACAGUUUUUUUUGUAUUGAGUGCGUUUUGUUUUGUUAGUUCUUUAAUUUCGUAAAAAAAAAAAAAAACUCCUCUGUGACUUCCAGGGCCGGUGAGUCUUCCGCUCACGGGAGAAGAGUUUUUAGUUUCAGGUCACCCGUUUUACUUGUUUCUUCUCUCCCCCUGCUUUGGUUUCUAGAGAGCUGUAAGACGGCGAAGCUUUACAAGUUUGUACUGCUGAUCAUUUGACAGGAUUUGAUGUUUUAUAUAGCGGAGGAUGCUCUUAUGUCCUUGUAGUUCAAGUAUUUGGGCAAAUAAAGAAGAUUAUCCUUAAAA